AUGUCCGAGACCAUCACAAUGACAGCCAACAUAAUUGCAUUCAUUCCAACGGGCGGCACUAUCGGCACAAGAGCCUUCAACAAAUCCGACCUAGACUACGGCUCAAAAGGACACGGAGAGUACGCCGGCAUCUCUGAACUCCGCCGGGAGCUCCACGUGGAGGAACUCGCAGACGACCUCGGUAUGGAGAUCCAAGUUGAGGGUGUUGAACCUCUCGACAGCACUGCGAUCACUUCUGAAACUUGGCACAAGAUUGCUGAACGUUGCGAAGAAUUAUCUCAAGAUGCAAGAGUCCGUGCCAUUGUCAUCAGCCAUGGAACAGCAAGCCUUGAAGAAACUGCGUUCACUCUGUCUCUGGUUUUGAGACUGAGGAUACCAGUAAUCAUCACGGGGUCCAUGCGCCCGUUCAAUGGGGAAUCUUCUGAUGCAGAGGCCAAUCUUACUGCUGCAUUUCGCGUCGGUGCCCGCACGUACAAAAAGUCCCCAGGUGUUCUUGUGGUAUUCAACAAGGAGAUACACCUGCCCCGAUAUGUUACGAAAACUCACACCGGGAAUCUCGAUGCCUUCAAAUCACCAGAUUCAAAACCAAUCGGCACUGUUAAUGACGACAAAGUCAGCUUCGACCAGGAUCCAUUGCUUCCCGAAGAUUUGGGUUUUAGGAUGGAUAUGCUCAAGCACCUUCCAAAGGUUGACAUUGUGUACAGCUCCGCUGGCAAUGAUGGCACGCAGGUCAAGGAAUCGAUCAAACGGGGGGUGAAGGGCAUUGUAUCUGCGGGCUUUGCACCAGGAUUAGGAACUCCGGGAGAGGAAAAGGCAUUUGCAGAAGCGCGUCUAAAGGGCAUCAUUGUCGUUCAGUCGUCAAGAGUUCUUUCUGGGGAGGUUGUCGACAGCGAAGACCACAAGGCUGUGGGCAUCAUUGCCGCCGGUAAUCUCAGCCCACAAGCAGCCAAGAUUCUGCUAUCCUUCUCUCUUGCGAGAAAGGCUACUUUGGAGAAAAUCGGCGGAAUUUUCAGCAAAAUCUAG